AUGCCGACUCACUUCUCAGACGAUCCGCCGCAGGUCAUCAAUCAGGAUGACCUGCACGUCGCUAACUCGCGGCUCCAGCAGAACUUGGAUGGUUCUACAGACCAUAGCGGCGAUGAGAGAACACACAAUGCUAACGGUGCUGGGCUGGAGAAGCUGGGUACCUACGACAAGUAUGAAAUCACCGAGGAUGAUUGCUACGAUGAGCUGGGCUAUUCGUUCCCCAAGUGGAAGAAGUGGUACAUCCUCACCGUCAUCUUCUGGGUCCAAGUAUCCAUGAACUUCAACACCUCCCUCUACUCGAACGCUAUCCCAGGCAUCUCCGAAGAAUUCAACGUCAGCGCCCAAGCCGCCCGCUGCGGCGCCAUGAUCUUCCUCGUCCUCUACGCCUUUGGCUGUGAGCUCUGGGCUCCCUGGUCAGAGGAAUUCGGUCGAUGGCCAAUCAUGCAGGCUUCUCUGUUCCUCGUAAACAUCUGGCAACUCCCCGUCGCGCUGGCUCCCAAUUUCGCUACCAUCAUGGUCGGUCGUGCGCUCGGUGGCCUUUCAUCCGCUGGUGGCUCUGUCACGCUCGGUAUGAUCGCUGAUAUGUGGGAGUCUGACCACCAGCAAUACGCUGUUGCUUAUGUUGUCUUUUCUUCGGUCGGUGGUUCGGUCCUCGGACCCAUUGUUGGUGGUUUCUGUGAACAGUACCUUCAUUGGCGCUGGUCAAUCUGGAUCCAGCUCAUUCUCGGUGGAUUCAUCCAAAUUGUUCAUUUCCUUACGGUUCCCGAGACACGAAGCACAAUUCUCAUGAACCGCAUCGCCAAGAAGCGCAGAAAGGAGACAAACGCCAACUUCUGGGGCCCUGAUGAACUCGUACCCUUCCGUGAGCGUUUCUCUGCCAAGGAGAUCUUCAUCACAUGGACCCGUCCCUUCAAGAUGUUCCUCACAGAGCCUAUCGUCCUUGUCCUUUCUCUCCUCUCCGGUUUCUCCGACGCUCUCAUCUUCAUGUUUAUCCAGUCUUUCGCUCUGGUUUAUAAGCAGUGGGACUUUGAUGCUGUUCAGAUUGGUCUGACAUUCCUUGCUAUCGGUGUUGGAUACGUUAUAGCUUGGUUGGCAUUUAUUCCUGCUAUCAAGAAGAACAUCAAGGAGCGAAGGGAGAAGCCCAAUGACGAGCGUGCACAGUACGAGUCGCGCCUGUGGUUUUUGCUUUACACUGCACCUUGCUUGCCUAUUGGCUUGAUUGGCUUUGCUUGGACGAUUCAAGGACCACCCAUUCAUUGGAUUGGUUCUUUGAUCUUUGCUGCCAUUGUUGGUAUCGCCAACUACGCUAUUUACAUGGCUACUAUUGACUACAUGAUCUGUGCUUACGGCCCUUAUUCUGCUUCGGCCACUGGAGGUAAUGGUUGGGCUCGAGAUUUCCUCGCUGGUGUUCUUACCGUCCCCGCUACGCCAUUCUUCAGUAACAUCGGCGCUUCAUCCGGCAAGAAUCUCGAAUACGCUUCGACCAUUCUCUUCUGUAUCUCUUUUGUUCUCGUGGUCGCCGUCUACGUUAUCUACUGGAAGGGCCCGGCUCUUCGAGCACGAUCACCCUUCGCUCAGCGUCUCGCUGGUGAGCGCCAGGAGAACACUGAGCAGGGACGUCGCGGAAGUGUUGCCUACGAUGCUCGACGAAGGAGCUCCACUGCAACUGGAACGUCCGACGUUGAGCGUCCCCCCGUUGCUGCUCGCCCAAGCUAUGGACGCCAGUACAGUAACUCGAACCGUUUCUUCGGCGAGAGUCGUGUUACGCCUCGUGGAACUCCCAGAGGUACACCGUCGGCGAGUCGUCGCAACAGCAAGCAUUACUAA